AUCCAAGGGAGAAUUACAAGGAUCUAUCUAUGGAUUUUGUAAAUUAUGCUGCAGGACUUCCUUUAGCUCUUAAAGUUUUGGGUUCCUUCUUAUAUGAGAGAGAAAUAGAUGCAUGGAAAAGUGAGAGAGAUAAACUAAAAGCAAUUCCUAAUCUAAAAAUUAUGGAUGUACUUCAAAUAAGUUUUGAUGGGCUGCAAGAAUUGCAAAAAGAGUUAUUUUUGGAUCUGGCGUGUUUGUUCCAUGGAGUGGAUAACAUAAUUUCGGAGAUGCUAUUAGAAAAACUUGGUCAUUAUCGCAUCGACAUUGAUGUUCUCGUCGAGAAGUCCCUCAUAAGCAAAUCAAAAUAUGGAUGGUUGUCCAUGCAUGAUUUACUAAAAGAACUGGGCAGGGAAAUAGUUCGCCGCGAAUGCCCUGAAGAACCUGGACGACGUAGUAGACUUUUUCGUGUGGAGGAUCUCUAUCACGUCCUGAAGAAUGAUACUGGAACUGAUGCAACUAAAGGCAUAGUCGUGGAUUUUUGUGCUGAAACGAAAGAGAGACUCAACGCCAAAGCAUUGUCAAAGAUGAGAAAAUUGAGAUUUUUUAAAUUUCAUCAUUCUCGAAAUUUAAAAUGGCAUGGAAAACCCUUAAAAUACAUGCCAACCAAUGAGUUACGAUACCUAGAGUGGCCUGGAUAUCAUUCGAAAUCCUUGCCGAGCAGUUUCCAACCUGAAAAUCUUACUGUACUAAGGAUGCGUUUUAGCCGUAUCAAACAAAUAUGGAAGGGGUCGAUUGUUUUAGACAAUUUGAAGGAAUUUGAUCUGAGUUAUUCUGAGAACUUGAUUGAAAUACCAGAUUUGACUGGAGUCGCAAAUCUUGAGAAAAUAAACCUUUCAGGUUGUAGAAGCUUGUGUGAGGUCCACCCAUCCAUCGGAAGUCUCAAACAAUUAAAAGCAUUGGGACUUAACAAAUGUUCAACCCUUGAGAAGUUACCAGACCUGAGUAGUUUGGAAUGCCUGACCGAUAUUUGGGCAAUGGAAACUCCUUUAUCACAAAGACUUUCUGUUAAUCUAUUGCCCAAGAGCACCCGUAACUGUAAGUUUCGUCUUCAAGGACGCAAGUUGAUGCGACUUAAAUCAAGAGAUCCCAUCUAUGAUAUCGGAUCACUUGCAGAUCAAUAUCAGAAGGAAGGAAUAUAUGAUUGCGUAGAAGCAGCGUACAUUGAUUUUGACAGCAAAGGAGAAAAUGUUUUAGGAAUGGCAGGUGCACUUGUUUUGGCUUUAGAUGACGAUUUGAGGAUGAUGAGAGGAUGGUCGUUGGGAUUCCAUAUCCCGGAGUGGGUCCAGUAUAAAAGUAAUGGCUCCUCUGUAAAGAUAGAUUUGGAUGCUAGUACGACUCUGGAGAUGGGGUGUGCUUUCUUUAUUGUCUGUUAUUCUGAUCAAUUCUUUUCCAUUUAUGAUGAAGAUACUUCAAUUUCUUCGUUAUUCAAGGGAUCGAAUAUUAAAAGCCGGUCAUUAGUGGUGAUUCUUAAAUUAGGGUUUGAGACGGACGAAGAAUAUUGUGUGGAAAAUAAGUAUUUGGAUUACAAUUUAACACCUGCUCCCUUGGAUGUAUUUUCCGGUAAACAAAUUGGAUUCUGGGUGUAUAUACCGGCGAUUUUGCGGUUUUUGGAUAUACGGAGGGUCAUUAAGAUUUCAUUUGAAACAUUCUGGUAUUAUAGAGGCAACUCUCAUAUUCCAAUGGAAGUGAAAGAAUGCGGGGUGCAUUUAGAUGAUGAUAAUUCAAAAUUCUAUAAUAGCAUUGCUCCUUUUGGCCGUUCAGGAUCUUCUAAUUCAGAUUUCCAUCGACAAUUUUUUACCUUUAUGAGAAAGAAAGUGGACAUGGAAUUAUGUGGAUAUGUUCCGCGACAUGAGGGAGCCGGCAUAAUCGAUCUGAACCGGCAUGUGUGAGAUUAUUAUAAAGUCGGUUCCUCAACCCGGCUAGGAUCGGGUUUGUUCUUCGGGUGUUAAACCGACCGAAUUAUAAAUUUGUUAUUACCUUUUUCAGUUCUCUUGAAGCCUAGCCUUCCAAAUCCAACUCGACGCUCACUGUCGCCAUCCCAUUGGCACACUUGCAAGUGCAGGGGAUUCAGAUCAUCUCCUUCGCGAACACCAUUUUGUCGGCUUGGGGGGAGGUGGGGAAGUUGUUUGCGUCCGUUAAACAUUACGUUACAAUAUCCUUUUUAUACUAAUGACAAAUGCUAUAUCUGUAUGUUGUUGCAGUGGGUGGAUUGUUUAAAUCGGAGGGUACAAAAUGAAA